AUGAGAAGAAGUCUCCGUCUUUGCAACAAGAGGAAAACAAAUGUUGUCCCCUUGGAUCUACAGAUCGAGAUUCUUAACCGCUUACCUGCAAAAUCCAUAGUUAGGUUUAUGGUCGUAUCCAACUCAUGGCAAGAAAUCAUCCGCAGCCAUACUUUCAUCAGAUCAUUUCCCUUUCGAUCAUUGACUCAGUCUCAGCCUUUGCGUUUCCUCCUCGCUUUGCACGAUAAAGGUGACCAAACGGGACGCCUAAGUUGCAGCUUCUUCUCUUCUUCUUCUUCUUCUUCGCUAUCGUCUUCAUCAACAUCAAUAUCAACCACUUUUCUAUCCAAAAUAACAUUUCCUCUCCGUUGUCGAGCCUCGUACCGUAGUUAUUACGUUAAUGGUCUGAUGAACAUGGGUGAGAUCAUAUGUAACCCUUGCACUGGAAAGACCAUAUCCUUACCAAGGGAUAAAAGACCAGCCUUCUCCACACGCUUUUUCGGAUAUGAUCCUGUCAAUAAUCAGUACAAAGUAUUCACAUUGGGAGCAAAACCAAAAUCAUGGAGAUUUAUCGAUUGUGACAUUCCUCACCGUACCUGGUCUAACGGUCUGUGUAUAGAUGGUUCUGUGUACUACAUUGCGUACACGGGCGCAGUAACUAUAGUAUCUGAAGAAAUGAAAGCUUUUUGUUAUUUGGAGAACGGUUCAAGAACUUUGAUAAACUACCAUGGCAAAGUAGCCACAGCUAUUCAAACUUCUUAUGAGCCACCUACAAUUGAUUUGUUCGUUUUCGAAGCAGGGAAACAGGAUUACAAAGAGAAGUCUUUCGAUAAUCUUCCCCAGCUUCAUUUGCGUGUGAAAAGUGUUAUUAAUCGAGCGGGUGAUGACAUUAUAUUUGCUCCUCACCAUUCCAGAAGUGUGGCUACUGUUAUCCACCACGAUCUCAAGGGAGCUAGUUUUAAGAUGAUGAAGUUUGAAGUUGACGUUAAGGGAGAUUGGUUUACUGAAUCAAAUUGUUUCGUGGAUUACGUAGAGAGUCUUAUGCUGCUGUAA